AUGUCACUCAUCAAGGACUCCGGCCUGCUGUCUGCUUGCAGGGUCACCGUGCGCCUGAGGCCAGUGACGCAGGAGGAGCAAGCAUGCUUUCCCAAGCCAUGGCCGGUGCAGCUGACCACUAGCGGGGAGGUGCAGGUCCAUCCCACGCUGCGGGCCCUGCGAAUCGGGACCCCUGUGUCCCCACGCGCUGCGUAUUCUCCCCGCUCUGCUGCCGCUGCGACCGCAGCCAACUUGCACCAUGAGGAGCAGCAGCCGCAGCAGCAGCAGCAGCAGCAGCAGCAGCAGCAGCAGCAGCAGCAGCAGCAGCAUCUGGUUGAUUCGCACGUGCUGUCGCAGUGCAUUGACUACCAGGUUUACCGCUUUGGUGAGUGA